AACGUCGAGUAGUUUGUAGUCCAUGGUUCCUUGUUUUACCGUGAAACGUUGUAUGGAAAAUUUCUGAUAUGUUCGAAGGUCUUGACGUUGAGGCAUUUUGUAUGGAAUUUGUCGGUAGUUGCUUACGAGUUAAAUGUACAAAAGAACUUAUCUCUUCGCUUAAUGUGCAUUAUUGAUUGAAACGACAAAUUCGAAACUACAAAGCGGUGCCAUAAGCAGAAGGCAAUGAUUCGAGCAGGACUGAUUACAGCACUUUCUAGGCUUUGUAUUUCUGAUGUCAGAAGUCAUAUCACUUCUACAAGAUUAAUCAGCACCAGUAUCAAUCCACUUUUAUUUAAAGCUACUACAUGCCUGUAUGCAGAACCUUUGAAGAAGAAGAAACGAAUAGAUCCUGCUGUUAUAAAGCAUAGAGAAGAAAGAAAGAAGAAAAGACUGGAAAAGCAGAUCCGUCGUCUUGAAAAGAAUGCUAGGCAGCUGAAACCUAUAGAUGAACUUGAAGUCCCAUUGGAAUUCAUGGAUAGAAAAAAAGAGCGAGAAAGGGAAGUACCAACCUUGACACCUGAAAUGGAAGAUGAGCGUGCAGUAUUACUUAAGAAAUGGGCUACUUACAAGCAAAAACAGCACUUGAAGGACACGCAGAUGAUUGACAGACUUAUAUUUGCACAACAGAAAGCUCUUGACGAGCUUCAUCAGGAAUCAGAGGAGUUGUAUGAGGCUGCAAUUCAGAUCAAUCCUACACAGAUUCCUUUCAUUGUUCGUGGACCAGUUCAAACACCUCCGAUCAAAGGAUAUGAUAGUCCAGAUGGGGAAUUCACGGACGUUUCGAAGAAAUGGUAGUUGACGUUGGUCUCUAAGUAAGGAUUUUCAUUGUUUUAGAAACUAAUAUUCAGAUUGGAUGGACAGUGUAUGAAAUAUAUUUGGUUAUUACACUUACAGUACUUUUA